GAGGAGGGAGACGGCGGUCAGAGAGUUAAGACGUAUCACUUUGCCUAUGUCACAAAAAGUUAUAGGUGAUUAAAGUGAUGAGUGGACAGAGCUUCAUCCAAAUUUUCAUCGAUAACUGAGGUCCCAUGAGUGACAAUCGUGUGAGACAGACAACAUGUAGAGCGAGAGAGAGUCGGACUGACACGCUGUAGCCAGAGCGACACAGUUCGAGAGAAUUCAUAGCCACGGUGUUCUUUGUUUGUCUAUAUAAGUUUGCCCUAGGCAUAGCCUGAUAGGUCGGUAUCAUAAUGGCGGGGAUAUCUUACCGUGGAAAAAGACUGUGUGUGUUAUGGAUGGGACUAAUGGUAUUUGGUUGUUUUUCACUGACCACAGCGGCAAUGAAGAGCGCCGGGAACGCCACUGUUACCAGUACAACUGUCUCCACUCCAACGACAACAACUGCUGACCUCCCAGAAAGCUGGCAAGAGUUCUGUACGACAUCAGAGGCUUUUGUGAGUUGGAAUUUUAGCACACUGUCGCCUGAUGAAGUAAGCGGGAUAACUCAGAUUUCCUGCCGUCUCCAAGAAGGCGAUCAUUUGAUGUUUACCGCUUUUCGUAACUGGACCCUCACGUUACGGGGUCGUUCGAAGAUGGCGAUUAAAGUUGUGUGCGAUGAAAAUUUCAGCAGUGCGUUCCACGUGCCUUGGCCAAUGAAAGUCAGAAAUUUAGUGUACUUAGAGGUUCGUAACUGUUUAUUACUAGAUUAUUACUCGGAGUACUUCGAUCAAAGUAUAACAACUAUUCCAGAUCAAUUACGUGUACUAGAUCUCAAAAACUGUGUGAUUCAAACUACUUUGGAGGAAAUAUUUUACCGCAUUAGAAACCUACAAAACAGCUCAAGGGAUGUUGAAUGUGGCCCCCUGAGUCUGGAAAUGUUUGCGUUUAGCAACAUUGAAUUCUUCAUUGAGAUUUCUGAUUAUGACAUGUAUGAUCAAUUGGACUCUUACAGCGAGAUACUUUGGAAAAAAUAUCGAAAGCUAAAUCACCAAUGUGACUUCCAAGAGUUACGUUAUCUUGACGAAAGUUAUUUCCAGAGUAUGUCAGGUAGACAUAUUUUCUCAAUUCAAGCAAAGUCGUUUUAUCCCAAGCUGGAAUUUUAUAACUUGUCUCACGUGGACUUCGACGGCAUACCUAUUCUGCUUCGAGAAUGGAGGCGCUCGAUGGAUAAAAUGGCUUAUUUAGAUCUUUCCCACAAUAGCAUAUCUGAAAUUGAUUUAACUGAUUCUGGGUUUGCCGAAGACGGAAUCGGCAUUAUCAAUCUUCAGUUCAACAAGAUUAGGCAACUGAGGAAAAGUGAUUUAGACACUCUUCGGCGAAUGAAAUCAGCCACCAUAGAUAUCCGCAAUAACUUGAUCAACUGCUCCUGCGAAAUGCUACAAGAUUUUCACGAGUUUCUAAAAGCUCCAGAUCUCGGAAGGUACGAGUAUUUGCGAGAUCUGCGCUGUGGUUGGCCGGAGAAAUAUAGCGGCAAAAGAGUCAGCGACCUGACAGAAAUGCAGGCCCAGUGUACAGAAGGCCUAUUCGCUCUGACAGGUGUGCUGGGCUCCCUCGUCUUAAUUCUUGCUAUUAUCGUCAUAUUACUCUGGAGAUUUAGGCGGGAAGUCGUGAUUCUCGUCUACACGAGACUUAAUAUACUGUUGCCUUGUCAGGCUGAGGACAAUUUGGGAAACAAAGAUUUUGACGCGUUUAUUUCCUAUAGCAGCAAGGAUGACGAUUGGGUCUUGGAGACGCUGGUGAAGAAACUGGAAAAUCAGGAGGAUGGUUGGUCAGGCUUCAAACUCUGUGUACAUCAUCGAGAUUUCGAGAUUGGGGCGGCCAUUGCAGAUAACGUGGUGAGGAGUGUGGAGUCCAGUCGUCACACCGUUAUGGUGCUGUCGAGAAAUUUCGUUGAGAGUGAGUGGUGUAUCUAUGAAUUCAGGACUGCAAUGCAGCAAAGCCUGAUCGAACGAAGGAAACAUUUGAUACUCGUUAUACUGGAAGACGUUCCCAAAUCGGAGCUAGACCCUGACCUCCGAAAAUGUUUGGAAACUUUCACCUAUAUACAGGCGGGAGAGACGUUAUUCUGGGACAAACUGAGAUAUACUCUAUCAGUUCGGAGUAAGCAAAGAUCCACCAGGCGUUCCUCUUCAUCGAGCAGCAAGCCCAGUGAAACGGAGAUUCUCAAAUCAUCAACCAACAACAAUAUUGUAUAACUUGGAUUUGGAAUGAUCUCAUAUCGCGUAUAUAUAUUAAGUGUGGGUGUUAUUUCAUUCCAUUUGCAGCAUCUACAUGUCCUGCAUAGGACGUCAAGCCAGAGACGCUUGUUGUGGCGUAGAAGAUUACCUAUCUGGUGCUUUGCAAUUCCGCUACCUUCAUCUACUUUCAUUAUAACGUUGGCAGCACUGAUACUUAGGAUCUGAUGUUUUGUUUAACAAAGCGUUGAAGUAUGCUAUUACGGAAAGAAGCAAAAUAAUGCAAAAUUUGAGACUGAUGUUAUAGAGUUUAGCUGUGACGUAACAUGCUACAAACUGAGCUUUUUACGGGGUUAGGCCCAAGUUGUGAAGGGCUAGUCUCUGUGGCACUCAUCUCGUGUUUUCUGUGACGUUCUUCGGAAGUUAUUACGUGUUAUGACGGUUUUGCGUUGUCAUACUGAAAGGGAUAAUACUGAACAGCAUGUGCCUGAUUUCUCUCUGAUUGAAGAAUGUACUACUUGUAGUGGUAUGCAGAUUUCUUUACUGGUCAUCAGCGUAUUUCAUGCCUGAGAACCUUCUUUUAAUAUCCAACGGUGACUUUAAGAAAGUUUUGAAAUCCUUAAGAUCUCUAUCAAGGUUAACUGUAAUUUUACAAACAUUUUUUUGUAGAUUGAUAUUUCUCCGCACUAUAUCUAUGCUAUAAAGAUGAUAUGUAUGCUUUCUUUAUUCACAAGAGCUUGUGCUAAAUCCAGUAUUUAGAGAUGUGUAAUGAAUAAUUUGGCUGUUAAAAAUCGGUAUUUCUGAACAAGACAAUUGUUUGAUGAAAGCGUCAACGUAUAACCGUAGUUGCUGUGGUAUUAGCACAUGCCUACUCAUUUCCUCAUGGAUACAGUGUGUCCUUUAUUCUUGGCUGGCUCCUAUACGAGCUUAAUGACAGUAAUCCUUUAUCGCACAUUUGAUUUUCAAAUGCAGAGCAAAACUUGGAGAAUGGCAAAUUCUCCCUAAUCACCAAAACUGGUGACCUGCAGCGUGAACAAUGGCGAGUGCAUUGUUAAGAAGUGAACUCCAGAAAACAGACUGAUCGUAGCACCGAUUGUUAACUAUAUUGUUGACGAAAUGAUCUCAGUAAUGUCUCAGCCUCUUCCUUAUUUAGGUUAUAAUGACAAAUGGGCCCAUUUCCAUUGUUUUAAUGUGAUUGUAUGUUAAAUAUGAUGACAACACAGCAAUUUGAGUAAUUCUUUGAUCAGCGACGUCUAAUAUACUUCAGUUAACAACAUUGCAUUUUUUACCUAAUUCUGCUUAAUCCUUGGGCAAGCUAAGGGGCGUGUAAUUUGCUACUGUUUAAGCAUUUACAUGAACAGUUAGAAUAAAACCCUGACUGAGCUAAAUUGACAAGAGGCUAUAUUUCACCGGUAACGUGUGGUCAUUUGCGAGCUAUUACACUUUCGUCGCUUCUCCGGUUUUACUUUUAUUGCUCUAUGUCUUUAAUUAUCUUGUAAACGUCAGUAGUCUCAUAGACCACUGGAAAACAUUAAAUUGAAAUUUAUUGCAUGCUUCAUUUAUUUUUUUUUUACAAUUAAAUUGCAUAUAUUUUAAGGUUAAUAAUGUGGGUCGUAUUAACAGCAUUAGAUCCUGUGACGUCACAGUGACCUUUAACCUUACACUUUCUAUUUUUGAUGAAACAGCAAUUUUGUAACAAAGUAGUUAACAUAACGCUGAAAAAAGUGCACUGUAAACUUUGUUCAAAUGUUGAAGUAAGUGAAGAAAAAAGUGCGUACAUGCAUGUAAUAGGACGUCGUCGAAACGAAAGCAAAUGACAUGGUCCAUAAAGCUCAUAUUUAAGUAUAGAUUUUACUGUUUUUACUAAUGUGAAAAAAAGGAAAAGUGCAAAUAUUUUCAAGUGGGGUUCCAAAGAUUUUUUCAGAACCUACUUUUGAUUUUAAAGAAAAGAUUGAUAUAGACUUGACUAUUAGGUAUUUAUAUAUGUGAAUAAGAGCGGCAGCUUCCGGGUCAGCUCUAUCUCUUAUGUAUAGAAAGUCCCUUGUGGGCCCAGCACAUGUAUGCCAAUGGUGUUAUACACUAUUCAAGCCACUUGCAUUUUGAUAGCUUUUUUUGAAACGCCUUUUCAUGUAAUUGUAUUGCUUGUGACAUACUUUAUUGUUUGUUCAAUCUUUAUAAGUCCUUUACAUAAUACCUAAGGUGUUAUAUACUCUUCAGGGCUGUACACCUUUCAUUCGUUUUGUCAGACACGCCCUGUACUGUUUGCCCACAUACAUAUGUUUGCACAGUUUUUUUCAGGCCUGUAUUUUCAUGGAGUGCAGUUUUACACAAAUUAUUCUGCUGGGUAUGUUAGUUAAAUCAAAUUCAGUAUUUCUAAACGCCAUCUUGCGAAAAACUAGACAAACAAAGUAUUUCUAAACGCCAUCUUGCGAAAAACUAGAUUCGCUAAGUAUUUGGCCAUCUUUUGUAAAACUAAUCAUGCUCUGUAUAUCCAGUCGCAAUAUUGUGUAAACCUAGACAGGCUCUGUAUUUCUAAUCGUCAUCAUGUGUAAAACUAGACACACUAAAUAUGUUUAAACGCCAUCGUGUAAAAAAAUUAGACACACAAAGUAUUUCUAAUCUCUAAUCUUGUGCAAAACUAGACGUACUAAGUAUGUCUAAAAGCCAUCUUAUGCACAACUGGUCAUACUAAACAUUUCUGAUCGCAAUCUUGUGUAAAACUAAACAUGCUAAGUAUGUCCGAACGCCAUCUUGUGCCAAAGUAGACAUACUAAGUAUUUCUAAACGCCCUCUUGUGUAAACUGAGAUAUGCAAAAAAAAAACACGAAAAAUUACCCGACGAACUUCUGUACUAUAGUACAGUCGCCUGAGGCUUUACGUGAACCCGUUACUGUGCAUAUAUGGGUACUUCACAUAGGUCUGUUCUAAUGUAAGUAAAGUCCUACGCUAGACAACAUGAAUGCCCCACCUGGCCCUGCUAUGAAUCUAUGAUAUGCAUUACAUACAUUCUAUGCGGGCGUUUUGUAUUACGUGUACAUCUGGUUUGUACUGUGGAAGUGUGUCAACAUUUAAAACUGUCGACGAUAUGAUGGCAGCUGUCGUCGUGUCGCUCCUAUUUAUAGGUCUUUUCACAUUCUCAAGCCUUUAGCAUUUCAGUACAGUGCGGAUUAAAUUGCUAUUCUUUCAUGCUGUGGGUCGAAGAAUUUUAGGUUAGCGCUUUCUGUAUAUACCAACAUUGAUGUUGUCCUUUUAAACUGGGUAUGAUAUAAUAUAUUGUAAAUCAUCUUAGCACGAGAAAGUACAUGAAAAGUUAGCCAUGUAAAACUUAAAAUUUGACGCAACGAAAUGUGAGUCUGACUAGACUACAGAGGCGAGAUCUGUGACUAUCACCUGUAUCAUGUAGACAAUAGUUGUGUAUUUUUCAUGAAAUAUAAUAGGCUUUAAACUGCCUGUUAUUUAUGAAUAUAUAAAUGUGUAUAAUAUUAUACUAUAUUAUAUACUUAUACUAAAUGUUUGCUUUGACGAAGAACUAUUGUUUUGUGACGUUUUGCGUGCACGUUUGUGCACGUUAUUGUCGUUGUCCCUCCGCCUGACGUUAGAUGGCGCUAAUAGCUUCACAUUCAACUUACGCCGAAUACGCCAGGGAACCAAACUACAUCAGUAUCAUGUCAGAUUUGUGAUAUCAUUGUCGUUAUGCCUCCUGAGAGGUCAUGUCAGUUUUGUGACGUCACUAUCGCUGUGCGUGUGUGGUUUUCACGUGAUCAUCAUGUCUGGUGGUUUCAUUGUCGUUAUGUGUGAUCUCAAGACAUCAUCAGUACCAUUUCAGAUUGGUCACGUCAUUGUCGUUAUGUGUAUGUACUCUCACGAGAUCAUCCAUACCAUGUCAGCUUUCCCAGAACUUAACACGUGACCUAAUUCUCUUAGCCAAUGAAUAUUCAUUGUCAGAUGUCCAGGAAGAAGUGGCGGUCCUGUACAGCGGAUGUCUACUUGUUACAAGUAUGCAAGGCCGACAUCUGUUGUACCAGUGCUGGCACAAAUCCUUAUCCGUCACAAAGGGCGGACCCUGGGUUGUAUUUCAAGCUCUAAUCUCUCACGUGAUCUAAUUACAAGCCUAAGGUCUUUCAGUGUGGGACCUUGGUGACCCUAAACUUGUUUUGAAUUCACUGGAAAACUGUUAUAUGAUAUUCUUUUAAAGAGCGUGGAUCUCGGUUAGUGAUAAUGGACCAUGGGAUCUCCAGUUUUAUUUUGGGGGAUUAUUCUCUCUACAACUUAUCGGAUGUUCGCUCCCACGUCGAAGUUUGCACGUCGAACACCUCGCUGGAUAGGCCGCGGGUACCUGGUGAGGGACUGUGGUUUCCUCUAGCCUCGGGGUGGUUUCCUUUAGUCUCGGGGUGGUUUCCUUCGCCAAUAAACCUGCUGGCCGUCGUGUUAGUUAAAUAUUCCAGUACGGCUAUAAACCCCAAUCAAUCUAACAUUAUCAGUUAACUUUUCACCGUGCGCAAUCCUAUAAUCUUUUAUAAUAUGUAGCACAGAAAGCUGCAUGAGUUGAACAGCUUCCUAAUCAGCGGUUUAAAACUGUCAUUGAGUAUAUAUGUUACAACAGCAUCAUCAGCUCUUGUAGAUUUCUGUUUUCAUACAAUCAUUCACAUUGUCCACAUAUAAUAUAUAGUUCUGACAAGUUUAAAAGUUUUAUUGUUCAAAUCUGCGAAAUCAGACUAUUUGAUAAUAUGUAUAUUUUUGGUAUGUUAUAUCUACAUGAUAUCAUUGUUAUAUUUGGGAUUCUAAACUGUAUUUUUGAUAUAUAUAUAUAUAUAUA